CAAAUGAAAACCACGGAUAAAUCUGUGUACAAACAUAACCCUAAAUCCUGUUUAAAAUAAAUUAUUAUUAAAUAUAAGUUGGAUUUAGAACUUUAGAAGAAAUGGUUGUCGAAUAAACUGAUGAAGACAAAUUUAUCAUCCUAUCAAAAAAAAUCAACAAAUUAGUAAUGUCGUCGAUUAAAGAGGAGAUUCCAGUCCCUAAAAUGAACGAUUUAGACAAAUUGACUCCAUAUCGAAUAUGUAUAUCUGCUCUCAUCAAAACUUUCCAUAGCAAAAGGCUCUUUGAUGCUGUAAAUGGAACUCCAAAUGUAUCUAAAUGUACCCGAGACUUUUGUAUUAUGUUAAUAAAAGUCCUUCAAAAGCCUGACCUAGAGUUAUCAGAGCUUUGGAGUUUACUGAUUUCUGAGAGUUAUGAAUUACCCCCAGCCUUAUUGAUUACCUUCAAAGAUGAACUUCUUUUGAUAACUCGAAAAGGAAUUGAAGCUUUGGUAGACUAUAUUGAUAAUUUAAAUAGACUAAUGGAAUAUGAAAAUAGUUUGGCAUAUGAUUACUUUUCAAUUGCUAAAACAAGUGUGGUAGGGGUCUAUUUGAGACGAUUAAUAGUCAAUUUUGAUAGACUCACAUUUUUCGAAGUCACAGAGGUCUUCUCAGAAUUUCAGAAAUAUUGUAAAGAUUUUGAAGAACUGUCCUUGGAACAAGAGAAUGUGAAAGAAUUAAAUAUGGAUAACUGGACUAUGGAAAAAGAUAUGUGGACUAGGCGGCAAGCAGAGCUCUUUAUAGCAACACAAGCUGCUUUGGUAGAAAGCAAUGAAGGAAAGGCUAUGAAUCCAAAAGAACUUCAAAAAGUUAUAGCUAACAUAUUGAAAACUAAUCCAGACCUAGCUGAAGCUCAUUUCCUUGCAUAUUUAAAUUAUAUCAGGGUUAAGGAAUACUGUGGGGCAAUAGAAAGUCUCUAUGGUUGCUUUGAUUUGAAUCAAAUAGAGGAAAUCAAAAAUAAUGAAGAUAAGCCUAAAUAUACUAGAUAUGCAGCCCUCAAUCUUGCUGCCCUUCAUUAUCAUUUUGGUCAUUAUGAUGAGACUCUUGCAUCCUUAAAAGAAGCUAUAAAGUUAGCUCAGGAUGCAAAUGAUAAUUUGUGCCUUCAGCAUGCUAUGGCAUGGCUUCACAGACUCCUAAUUAAGCACAAUGAUAGGAUUACUGAACAUUCCCUUCUGAGCAGCUUUACUUUGAGCAUGUCCUACAGGCCUUCUACUUCCAUACAAAAUUGUAUGAAAAUGUCUUCUAUAUGCUCAACAAAACCCUCAGAGAUUUUAGAUUCACUAGAUAAGGCUGAUAUAGCAUACUAUCAACAUAAUGAUAGAGAUUUAAUCUCAAACAGUUAUACAAUAAAAUCUAGUUUAUGGCAGUUUUAUGGAAAACCUGAAAUGUCUUCUUUAUGGAGCCACCUCACUUUGUAUCUAAAUAUAGGUAAUACCACACCUACGAAGGCUAAUUAUGGGGAGCCAUUCUGUAUAUCUAUUUGUAAUGUGGCUCUGCAGCUUCUAGGAGAGGGAAAAUAUAAUUUGGCUUAUAGUGCUUUGAAUUUUGCAAAAAGAAGAUUCCCAGAUGAUCCAAACUGCCAAUUAUGGAUGCUGUGUGAAAAUUUAUUCUAUUUCCUUAGAGCUUUAUAUCAUGAGCAGUGGGCAGAGGCUGAGGCUGCUGCUAGGAAAAUGAUGUUAGUAGACAAAUGGGAAUCUUAUCUUCGUCUUGCUGAAUUAUAUCUUUACAAAGAGGAUCAUAAAGAAGCAAAAAGAUUCAUUGAUUUAAUAUUUGAUAGAUACAAAAUCAAAGAUAAAUAUGAAUUUAAAGGAUAUCAGUUUGUUAGGGCUAAGCUACUCCAGGCACAGAUAGAAUUUUCUUGUAAUUUAAAUGAAUCAUUACCUCCAAGUAUAAUAGAUCUUCUGAAUGAUAUCCUCAACGAAACCAAAAAAUAUAAACUAGAUUAUUACACUUCAAUGGUUCAUCUUGUCAUUGCCAACAUGCAACUGAGUAUUGGUAUGGCAAAGCAAGCCCUAGUAAAUUUGGAUAAAUGUAUGACACAGAUAAUGGCACAUGGUGGAUGCUAUGAUAGAGCAAGAUGUUGGUUAUUUUACAUCAAAGCUUUGACGGCCGAGUCUGAGAGGCUCACAAAUACUCAAGAAAGAGCUGAACUAAUAUUGGAGAGGAUCACUAUUCUAGACGAAGUUAAAGAUCUGUUUAGACGAGUUGAAGCCUUCACAAGAGUGAAAGAUGUAGUUUAUUUGCAAGCUAAAUUAUAUGAUCAACUUGGAAUGAAGGAGGAAAGAAACAAGCAUGCUCUGGAAUUCAGAACCUUGAAUGAAGAGUAUGUUUCUAAAAAUAUGGAAACUUUAAUAAGGCAUAUCUGAAGAGGUAAAUCUUAAGUAUUUAACAUAAUGCAUAUGGUACUUAGUACAUUGUUAUAUGUUUGAAUUCAUUUUAUUUAUAUUUUUUCAACCAAUGGAAUUGUAUGAAAUAAACUGAUAGGUGUACCUGGAAUUCAGGAAAAAUAUUUCUGUCAACACAAAUUAAAAUAUUUUCAUUACUUUGACUUAUUUUCCCAGCU